CUGGGCUUAGGAGGCGGGGCUGCAGUGACGGUCCAAGCUAGCUCAGCAGCCAUUGAUGCUACACAACCAGAUUAGGAAAUUGACAACAAUUCCUUCAUAAACGUUUUUGAGGAUUGGAGACAUGGUUUCUCACUCCCUAGCCCUGCCGAUGAUCUGCUUCACCACGCUGUGGGCGCUGGUGGGGGUCGUGGCUCCCUUCUUAGUUCCCAAAGGACCGAAUCGAGGCGUGAUCGUCACCAGUUUGAUUCUCACCGCCAUCUGCUGCUACCUCUUCUGGUUGAUAGCCAUCCUCGCUCAGACCAACCCUCUGUUUGGCCCUCAGCUGAAGAAUGAAACCAUAUGGUACCUGCGCUACUUCUGGGAGUAGACCAGAGAUCUCUGUCAUCCUCUCCCUGGUUCCGACCACGACUUCAACGUAACUCCCAACACACACACACACACACACACACGAUCAUGACAUGUGUAAAAUGAAUACUAAUGUACAGUUGAGUAUGUUCAAUGGAUGAAAUGUUGUUUAAUGUGUGUUCUGAUCUUCCAUUUGUAAAACGUGCAAUUAUACUGUAGUUUUAUGUUGAUACUUGAACAGGGAUUUUUUUUUUUUGUAUUUAUUUUGGCCUGUAAUGCUCUCGUUGUCCACGUGGUGGUGUUGUGUAACUGUGAUGUGUUUACGAGCGCUCCGACGGCGGCCAUGAGGAUCUCCUCAACACCCCUGGAGUGAAGAGCCACUCUCCUCCUCUUGUUCCCUCACAAGAACCCUUGUGCAGCCCUCUCCUCGUUGCCAUGGUGAUCUGCUCUCCUAAUUCAACACCCUUUUUUUCUGCUUAAAACCCCGCUGACACACUGUACUUUUUAUUAUUAGGACACUUGGAACUCAUAUUGCAUGUUAUUGUUUACCCAUUAUUUAAGCUGCAGGAAAUAACCCAGUAAUCCAAAGCAGAAAGAGAAUGAUGUUAUCUGACUGUAUUUAGCAUUAGCUGCUAGCGACCACCACAAUGCCACCCCAUAGCUUCCCAUCCCCCCCCCCCCUUCCUCCUUGAAUUCACUAUGCUUCAGCCAAAAAGUAUGAAAAUCAAAAUACAGCUACUUUUUAGAAAGACCAAAUUACGUUGUAUCUUCUCUGUCCAGUUGUGGGACUGGCCUGCACCUUGACACCUGAAUCAGGUUCUCAAGCAUCUGACCUCCUUUUGCUGCUUUUAUUCCUGACACUUUUUAGUAAAAUGUCUAAAAUGACACUUCCACCAAGCGGUCAUGGCCCGGUUUAAAACACUAAACAAAGUACAGCAAUGAAGGACAUCUUGUCUUUUAUUUUGUAAAAGUGUAUUUUAUUUUAUGUGGUCCUUCACGUCACGUUUGUUUUAUGAAGUACUAUAGUUUCCAGUGUCCUUUGAAUCAAAUGUCAACAUUCCAAGGCCGUGUGUUAUAGUGCACACUUUCCAAUACUGGAAGUAGUCACUUUCUCUUUUGAAUAUCUGCACAUAAAGUGUGUGAGGAGUCACCAUGGUAACGGAAGUGUAAAUGACAGAUGUACAUAUCGCUGGCUGGAUAUGAGAUGCCCUUUGUUGUUGUUGUUAUUAUUAUUAUUAUUAGUGUAUGUGCUUCUGUGCGUGAAGAAAAGACUACAUUAAUUAAAUAACUUGUCUCCUUCCCUUG